CUUAAAUUCAAAGUUGACAUCAAUUUUCAAUAGUUGUUUGACUUUUAAGUGAAAUUUAUUGACUUUUAAAUUGUUUAUUAAUUUAUUUGUUAAACAAAAUAUUUUGUUUUGCUAUUUAUUAUAUAAUUAAUUCAUAGAUUGUUUGUUAUUUAUAUGCAUUUUGUGGUCAAAUGAUUGUCGAUCGGAAAGUUUGUAAUUGAAAUUCUUGUGAGACUCGCACUGAUGUCCUUGUGAUCAGAAUUUAAGCUAAUUCUUCGUCAUAAUGACGUCCUAACCAUUGAUAACGUAUUCAUCGAAUUAAAUGUCUCUAAAGACCGGUUUCUCUUAACCACAAGAUCUAAAACAUAUUAACAAAUCUUUGGCUAACAAUAGCCCGAAGCGAUACUUUCAAUAAGGGAUCACACAUUUUGCCACAAAUGCAAUCAUAAGUCAGUUAUCCUUUUGUAGAGUUUAUAAAAUCAAUUACUUUUUAUUAAGUUAUAAAAGUUUUCAUUUUAAUUAAUUUUCUAUUUGUGUAAUAAAGGCUUUAAUUUAAUAGAAAACCAAUUUUUUGUAUUUUUGCGAUCAUUUCAUUCGUGUAACUAAUUUAAUAAUUAAAUCAAUUGAAGUUUACUUUGAUUCUAAUGGGAGUAAAAUCAUUGACUAAUAAUUUGCUCAUAAAUUACAAAUACAAUCAGUUUUACGCUUAUUUUGUGUAUUAUUGCUAUUAUUCUUAUUACUAUUGAAGAUGUAAAUGAAAUUUAAAUAAAAUAAUAGAGACAACAAAAACAUGGAAAUGAAGAAAGACGUGAAACGAAGAACUGAUUGGUCAGUGAGUGUCUCAGAAAAGGCCAAAUCAACCGUAAAUCCGAUCCGAAGUGUUGUCGAGACACUAAAGCUGGAGCCAAACCCCGAAAAGCAAUUAAUACCGCUGUCUAUUGGCGAUCCGACAAUCUUUGGAAACCUGAAGCCAUGCGAAGAGAUAACGAAUGCCAUAAUAGAGAGCACGAAGUCGUAUAAGAAUAACGGGUAUUUCGCGGCCGCCGGCUGUGAAGAGGCGCGACAAGCGGUCGCCGAAUACAGUUCUGUGAGCGGAGCGCCCGUCGAGGCCAAGGAUGUGAUACUAACGAGUGGCUGUUCGCACGCUCUGGACCUAUGUAUGACCGUAUUGGCCAAUCCCGGGUGCAAUAUAUUGGUCCCGAGACCCGGUUUCUCUCUGUACGAGACUCUGUCCGCUCUGAUUGACGUCCAGAUAAGACAUUACGAUCUGAUGCCCGAAAGGAAUUGGGAAAUCAAUUUACAUGACUUGGAGAGUAAGAUUGACGGCAACACAGCGGCCAUUAUAUACAACAAUCCGUCCAAUCCGUGCGGUUCCGUAUUCACGAAGCAACACAUCCUUGAUUUCCUAGCCAUCGCUGAGAGACAUUUUGUGCCUAUAAUUGCCGAUGAGAUCUACGAAGACCUGGUCUUUCCGGGCAAUCAUUUUUAUCCGAUUGCGUCGCUGACCACUGAAAUACCGGUGCUUUCGUGCGGCGGCACCACUAAAAAGUUUGUCANGAAUCGUAUGUCAAUCCUCCGGUGCGGACACUCUUUCGACAGCCGACAGACACCCAUAAACUUCGUGUCGCCUAACGAUAGCCUAUCGGUUAUGAGACCACACUUUUGCAGAGACCGGACGCUGUCUUUCAGGUAA